AUCGCCAUGAAGAUGACAGAGGAAAACAAUCCAAGAACGUCCAUGGAUGAUGUUAAAACCCUUAUUAAAAAGAAAGAUGACAUCGAAGAGCAGAUUAAAGCUUACUACGACGUCCUAGAAGACUUUUGGUUUUCACAGCAAGGCGUCGGGCUUGAUGGUCCCUUAGUGGACGCGGAAGGCUACCCGAGAUCCGACGUUAACCUGUACCAGAUACGAACCGCCAGACACAAUAUUUCAUGCCUGCAGAACGACCACAAGGACAUCAUGGUGGAGAUCGAGGACGCCUUGCACAGGCUGCACGCACAGGAGAAAGACAAGUGGCCGCACGACCAGAUGGAAGCUCUCGAGGAGCCUGUGGAGCAGCGGGACACCCUCCCGCCCGCCUUUGCGCGGGUGGAUGCCGUCACCCAGGGAUCGCCCGCCUCCGCGGCCGGCCUCAAAGUGGGAGAUGAAGUCAUCGAGUUUGGUUCCGUGAACACCGGCAACUUCCAGAGCCUCCACAACAUUGCCUCUGUGGUGCAGCACAGUGAAGGGAAGCCGCUGCGAGUAACGGUGGUCCGCGGGGGUCAGAGAGCCUACAUGAGCUUGACUCCGCAGCGGUGGUCCGGCCAGGGUCUGAUGGGGUGUAAGAUUGUCCCCAUGCCUCCACCAUGAGCUUCAAUGACCUCGUUGAUGAGCAAAUCAUGUGAAUUAAAUUCCUUUUCAAAUUCA